AUGGCUGUUACCCCACCAGCAGAUACUUAUUGCGCGAUAGCUAGCAUCGACCUGGACGAGUGCAUUGAGCGACUCUAUAGGAAAGAAUUAUUGGCCGACUCCGUUAUCGAAGCAAUAUGCGCCAAGGCCAAGGAGUUAUUGAUGAAGGAGAGCAAUGUGGUGCACAUUGCAGCUCCAGUGACCGUUGUUGGAGAUAUCCAUGGGCAAUUCUUUGACAUGCUUGAGAUCUUCAAGAUUGGGGGGUUCUGUCCAAACACAAAUUACUUGUUUCUAGGAGACUAUGUGGAUCGUGGUCUGUUCAGCGUUGAAACCAUCUCGCUUCUCGUGUGUUUGAAACUCCGAUACCCCCACCGCGUGCACCUCAUCCGCGGCAACCACGAAUCCCGCGGCGUGACCCAGUCCUACGGAUUCUACACCGAAUGCGCGCGAAAGUACGGCAACGCCAACGUGUGGCACUACUUCACCGACAUGUUUGACUUUCUCACCUUGAGCGUGGUCAUCAACGAUCAGAUCUUCUGCGUGCACGGCGGCCUCUCCCCCUCCAUACACUCGAUAGACCAGAUCAAGAUCAUCGAUCGAUUCCGCGAGAUUCCCCAUGAGGGGCCCAUGGCUGACCUGGUCUGGUCCGAUCCGGAUACCGAACGCGACGAGUUCUCGCUAUCUCCGCGCGGAGCAGGUUACACGUUUGGUGCGCAGGUUGUUCGGAAGUUCCUCGAGGUCAACAGCAUGUCCCAUAUCUUGCGCGCGCAUCAGCUAUGCCAAGAAGGAUAUCAGGUUCUCUAUGAUGACCGGCUGAGUACGGUGUGGAGCGCGCCCAACUAUUGCUAUCGAUGCGGAAACCUCGCCAGCGUCCUCGAGGUGAGUGACACAGGCGAGCGAUAUUUCAACAUCUUCGAUGCGGCUCCGGAGAAUGAUAUCCACCGUGGAGAGCAGCAAGCACAGCAGAGCAAGGACGGCCAGAACCCUGUAAUUGAUUACUUCUUGUGA